UGAUAGGCUGAGGUGUGCUCGGGGACGGUGGCGGAGGUCAUCCAAUCGGUGGUGAACGGUGCAGACGGCUGCAUCUUCUGCUUAGGCCAUGCCAACCUCGGUAUGACAACGCUCUCCACACACACACACACACACACACACACACACACACACACACACACACACACACACACACACACACACACACACACACACACAAACCUCUGCCCUUGAAAUAACUAACGACGGCCAAUUAAUGUGUCAAACAGUUUAGUUUCCUGUUUUCACACCUCAAGAAACAAACUAGAUGACUGACUGAACAGAGGUGCCCUGUUUUAAUUGACUCAACCGUUGUGUGUCCCCACCCCCCUUUUCCCAUUAGGAAACCACUUCACAGAAUUCAUUUCCUGGUGGGAGUCCCAAUGAUUGUUUACAAUAGAGCAGAGAGAUGGAGAAUCCCCCUUUGUUUUGUCUGCCUUGUUUUAAAACCCUCUUUGAGUUUGUAUGGACGGCUUUGAAGGAGAGGGAGAGAGGAGGAAGACAGUGGCCACUUCAGUAUAAUGUUGCAGGAUCUGUGUGUGUGUGUGUGUGUGUGUGUGUGUGUGUGUUUGUUUAUGUGUGUGUGUGUGUGUGUGUGUGUGUGUGUGUGCGUGCGUGCGUGUGUGUGUGUGUGUGUGUGUGUGUGUGUGUGUGUGUGUGUGUGUGUGUGUGUGUGUGUGUGUGUGCGUGCGUUUGUGUGUGUGUGUGUGUGUGUGUUUCUUUGAGAGAGGGAAAAAGAGAGAGCGCUUUAUGCAGAAUGUAAAGUGCCCUUGUUCUCCAUCAGGUUGUUAGACCGUCCCUCCUGUUGUCUAGUCCUUUGUUUGUCUUCCAGCUGUGUAGGCCUGUCGGCUCCCCCUGAUGAUGUCAGAUCUCCCCCGUGUUGUUUGUUAACUGCUACUGCUACUGUUACCUCUGCUACUGUUACUUCUUGUACUGUUCGGCUGUUACUGCUACAAAUAUUUAUAUUUUACCCACAUCCAUAGACUUCACUUAUCCCUAUUAGUCCCGAGAUCCCAGCAAAAAAAACGGCUUUUCAUUUAUCUGAUGUUCAUUUAUCUGCAUGUCCAGCCCUUAUAUUUAGCCUCACGAUGAAGUGAUUUACCAUUUUCUUUUCAGGACAACCAGGGCUGUAAGUAGAACACACAACAAUUUGACAUAAACAGUUGCAUUCAUGAGUUUUAUUGACAAAUCUGAAUUUAAAAAAAUAGACUUAAACUAGGUAAAAAAUUAUUUAUAUGAAUGCUGUAAUUACAGAAAUGGUUUGCUCUCUGGGAAAUUAAUAUCCAACUAGUCAGUGACAACUGUGAGAAAUUUGGAGUUUGUGACAGCAACUAUGUGAGGUUAUUACAGUAUUAUAGACACUAUGUCCUGGUAUUUCCUAUGAUCUUCUAUGUAGAAGAACUCCUUACCUUCUAACGACUCUUGUGUAGCUUGUGAGUGUCAUAGAGCAAAACAUGUGAUACAUGUAGCUCAAACCAUUCGGACUCUACAGAGGUUUUUGUAUAAAAGAUCCGGCCCCGGGCCCCUUCGGGAUCCGCCCUUGUCUCACAAACACCGCUCUAGCUCAGCCCCCGUGAAUCACACAGACUACACAUGGUUGGUAUCUACGGAUGCAGAAGAAAUAGACGAAUCCAACGGUACAACCCAGCAGUCUGUAGCUCAAACACACAAUGUUUUGAAUGGGUCCAAACAUUCCCCGGCUAUACGGUGGGACUGCUUCAAAUGGGUCCAAACAUGCCCCGGCUAUACGGUGGGACUGCUUCAAAUGGGUCCAAAAAUGCCCCGGCUAUACGGUGGGACUGCUUCAAAUGGGUCCAAACAUGCCCCGGCUAUACGGUGGGACUGUUUUAAAUGGGUCCAAACAUGCCCCGGCUAUACGGUGGGACUGCUUCAACACCAUAAACCUGCUUUUGAUGUGUCUAUUCCUAUUUAGCUAGAUAAUUCAUCUUCUGAACAAAUAUAUAACUAUAAGCAACCUUUUGUCUGUUUUGGAGUGCAGACUUAAAAUCCGACAGGCCGGUUUCCCGGACACAGAUUUAGUCUAGCCCAGGACUAAGAUGCAAUUUCAAUGGAGAAUCUCAGUUGAACAUGCCUUUUAGCCCAGAACUAUAGGCUUAGUCCAUGUCUGACAAAACAACCCAACAAGUAUAACAAACACACCAAUCACCACCUCAAAUAACCUCUGACCUCUCCUCCACAGGUAAGACAUACACCAUGAUUGGUCGGGACUGCUCCACACAGAGCCUGGGUGUGGCUCCCUGCGCCAUCUCCUGGCUCUUCAAGCUCAUUGAGGAACGCAAGGAGAAGGCCGGGGCACGCUUCUCUGUCCGCGUGUCCGCCGUGGAGAUCUCCGGCCGGGACGAGGCGCUGACCGACCUGCUGUCCGAUGUGUCCGCAGGCAGCCUGCAGGACGGCCAGUCUCCAGGGGUGUACCUGCGCGAGGACCCCAUCUGCGGGUCACAGGUAUGGAGUUGGUUGGCUAGUGGGAGUGUGUGUGUGCGCGUUGGGUUUGAGAGAAAGCAUUUCAAUCGUUUGUGAUGGACCUAGCAUAGGAUAUGUUAAGCUGUAUUCUGACUUAAUAACUAUAAUUUUUGCUUAAGUUGUGCGUGCUUUUCUCAACAAUAAAUCACCUGUCAGUGAAUGCUUCAAUUAUUUAGCUACCUGGGCUCUGGUGAUGCUCUGACAUCCUCGGACAACCUCUCUCCCUCCCUGGACCCUCUCUCUCUCUCACCUCUCCCUCCCUCUGUGUGCAUAUCUGACCCCCUGAUCACCCAGGAGACUCCCUCCGCCAGGCCAGAAAUGUGUGCUAUUCACCCAAUUAGCUAGACCCUUCUAAUGCAGUCUCUUUUCAUCUCUCUCAUUUCACUCACUUCCCUUCUCUCUAACUCUCUCUGUCUCUCUCUCGCUCUCUCCCUCUCUCUCUCUCUCGCUCUCUCUCUCUCUCUCAUCGCUCUCUCUCGGUCUCUCUCUCUCUCUCUCUCCCUCUCCCUUCUCUCUCCGCUCUCUCUCUAGUCUACUUCUGUCUCUCUCUCUCUCUUACCUCUCCUCUCUCUCUCUCUCUCUCUCUCUCUCUCUCUCUCUCUCUCUCUCUCUCUCUCUCUGUCUCUCUGUCUCUCUCUCUCUCUCUGCCUCUCUCUCUCUCUCUCUCUGUCUUCCAAUCUUUCUUUAUGUCUGUCUUUAUUUCCCUAUCCGUCCCUCCCAUUUUCUUUUUCUCACCUAUCUGUAUCUCCCUCUCUCGUUCAUUCUGGUUCAUUCUGUGUCUGUGUCUCUCUUCCUCUCUGUCUUUACCUUUCUAUCAACUCUCUCUCUUUCUCUUUCUCUCUUCUCCAUCUCUCAAUUCAAAUCAAAGGGCUUUAUUGGCAUGAAAAGCUUUUACAACAGCAGGAACAGUAGGAGGUAUUAGUAUUAGGUAGGAGCAUUAGUCUGAGUAGUAUUAGUAAGGAGUAGUCUCUCUUGCUCUCGUUCGUUCAGUCUCCCUCAUUUUUAAGUUUAAGUUGUGCAUGCUUUUCUCAACAAUAAAUCACCUGUCAGUGAAUGCUUCAAUUAUUUAGCUACCUGGGCUCUGGGUGAUGCUCUGACAUCCUCGGACACCUCUCCCCUCCCUGGACCCUCUCUCUCUCACCUCUCCCUCCCUCUGUGUGCAUAUCUGACACCUGUCACCAGGAGACUCCCUCCGCCAGGCCAGAAAGGUUGCUAUUCACCCAUAGUAGACCCUCUAAGUCCUAUUUUCUAUCUCUAUCAGUAUCCCUCGAUCUCUCUCUCAUUAUUCUUCUCUUCUCUCUACUAUCAUCGAUAGAGUCUUAUCCAUUCUCUCUCUCCUCUUCUGUCUUUCUCCCUUCUCUCUCUCUUCUCUUAUUCUCUUCUCUCUCUCUAUCUCUCUCUAACUCUCUCUGUUCUCUCUCGCUCUCUCCCCUCUCUCUCUCUCUCUCUCUCUCUCUCUCUCUCUCUCUCUAGGUCGUCUCUCUCUUCUCUCUCUCUCCUGCCUCUCUCUCUCUCUCUCUCUCUAUCUCUCUCUCUCUCUCUCUCUCUCUCUCUCUCUCUGUCUCUCUGUCUCUCUCUCUCUCUCUGCCUCUCUCUCUCUCUCUGUCUUCCAAUUUUCUUUAUGUCUGUCUUUAUUUCCCUAUCCGUCCCUCCCAUUUUCUUUUUCUCACCUAUCUGUAUCUCCCUCUCUCGUUCAUUCUGGUUCAUUCUGUGUCUGUGUCUCUCUUCCUCUCUGUCUUUACCUUUCUAUCAACUCUCUCUCUUUCUCUUUCUCUCUCUCUCCAUCUCUCAAUUCAAUUCAAAGGGCUUUAUUGGCAUGAAAAGCUUUUACAACAGCAGGAACAGUAGGAGGUACAGCAUUAGUCUGAGUAGUAUUAGUAAGAGUAGUCUCUCUUCCUCUCUUUCGUUCAGUCUCCCUCAUUUUUCAUCUCUCUUCCCCCCUCAGCUCCAGAACCAGAAUGAGUUGCGUGCGGCCACUGCAGAGCGGGCAGCCUACUUCCUGGACGCAGCCCUGGCGGCCCGAAGCACCAGCCGCCCUCGCUGCGACGAGGAGGAGAGGAAGAACUCCCACAUGCUCUUCACCCUCCAUGUCUACCAGUACCUCAUGGAGAAGAGUGCCAAAGGAGGAAGUGAGUAGGGUGCCUGUGUCAGUGGCUGUGUGUUGGGGGAGAAGUUGGGGAUGGUUGGGGUGGUGUGUGGGUUGAGGAUGGUUGGGGUGGUGUGUGGGUUGGGGAUGGUUGGGGUGGUGUGUGGGUUGGGGAUGGUUGGGGUGGUGUGUGGGUUGGGGAUGGUUGGGGUGGUGUGUGGGUUGGGGAUGGUUGGUGUGGUGUGUGUGCUAAGCAGACCUGGGUCAAAUUGGUAUUUGUUUUCUUUCAAAUACUUUGUUUAUAUAUACACUGCUUGGUUUGGCUUGCCUGGCACUAUUCAACCAAUGGAAUAGCCCAGAUAGUGCAAACCCACCAGAGCACACUGGGCAAGCAAAACUUUUAUCUAGCUAGUUAAUUUGACAUUCCAUGCGCAAUCUACCUGUGUAUGAAUUUCAUCAGUCAUCAGAAGUUACAUAAUGAAGGUGAAUGAUAGUUUCCCAACUAAAUAUGAUGUGUUGUUCAUGUCUUGUUCAUCUGGAGCCCCACAUCGAUCACAGAUAAACCUUUGAAAGAUCAUAGCGUCUUUAAUUUGCUCGACGCUCAAAGGAACCACUCUGAUCAGCACAAUGAAAAACUCUUGCCCUUUUAUCUGGAGAACAUAUUUCACAUGCAUCAUUAGAAUGUUAAGACCUGCUGGAAAGGCUAGGCGAUCCACAGGUCUAUUAUCUCUCUCUCUCUCUCUCUCUCUCUCUCUCUCUCUCUCUCUCUCUCUCUCUCUCUCUCUCUCUCUCUCUCUCUCUCUCUCUCUCUCUCUCUCUCUCUCUCUCGCUCUCUCUCUCUCUCUCUCCAACCCAACUUGUAUUAAUUAGCUUCAUUUGGAGUUGCUGAUAAGGCCAUAACAGGAAUACUAACAAGGAAGGCUAGCACAUUUGCAUUAUACGCCGCCCUAGCCUACCUGUCAUGGCUGCAUCCUCUACGUUAGCUGCUGUUAUUAGUAUUUCACACUCCCGUCGCUGCAAUGCGGGGGUAGACACGGCACACACUGUCCAGAGCCAGAAUACAUUUCAAUAGGUAAUGAGGCUUGAGUCCUCAAUCUGAGCAUGUUUAUAGAGCGGCACAUAAAACGGGAGGCUAGUUUGCAUUCUCAGGUUCCGGGGAGGGUUGCCACUCUGCAGCGCAGGGGAUUCUAAAUCUUGCUGACGCUAAGCUAAUCUUCAGCCCCACCACUGUAUUAAAUCAGGACACCAUUCCGAUUCCUCUUAAUGAUAUGAGUUAGUGUUUUCAUACCACUGACCUAGAUGAGCUCAAAUGGGAAGGAUUCUGUCCUCUCAACCGUAACUAUGUAUUUUAUCUGUGUGCAGUUAGCCCCCAAAUGUGCGAGCCUAUUUGAUUGUCACUUCUGAGCCAACUCUCCAUAACCUUUGAUUCAUAGAUGCACACGGCGAGACAGGGCUUAACAUGAUCACGUCCAGAGUAGGGUACAACCGUAGGGUACUCCCAUCACUCCUAUGUUAAAUUGCCUACUUUAAUCAUAACCUGACAAUACUCUAUUUUUUUUACAUUCUAUACCAUUUUUGUAUAUGCUUGGUUGGUCGUUUUUAACAUACUUCCAUGUCGUCUUAAUCAACAAACGAGAUCAUACAAAAAAACACUUUAAUUCUAAACGUAAAAAAAGUUUGCAUGAACAGAAAGACUGUCGCAUGGAAUGUACGUCACAAUUAACAGUCAAAGAGCCGAUUCUAACUGAUUUUCUCCAACUAUCUAAAUCUGCUAUUAAGAUGCCGAAAAGCUGUUGCGUACCGUUUGGUUAAAAACAAUAGCAGGAGAAAAAUCCUGAAUGGCGCAGUGGUCUAAGGCACUGCAUCGCAGUGCUAGCUGUGCCACUAGAGAUCCUGGUUCGAAUCCAGGCUCUGUCGUAGCCAGCCGUGACCGGGAGACCCAUGGGGUGGCGCAUAAUUGGCCCAGCCAGGGUAGGGGAGGGAAUGGCCGGCAGGGAUGUUGGUAGAGCAUGGUGUAUGCAACGCCAGGGUUGUGGGUUCGAUUCCCGCGGGGGGCCAGUAUGAAAAAUAAAUACAAAUAUGUAUGUACUCUGGAUAAGAGCGUCUGCUAAAUGACUAAAAUGUAAAAACACCACCAAAUUAAGUUUAAUCAACCAGGUACCAGUUUAGACGAAUCUCAUGGUUUCAGGCUAUUACGCCGUGAUGCUGAUGGAAAGCUGUGGGCUCCGGGUACUCAAUAAAUGUAUAUGUGUGUUCGAAGCACUUCAUCACCGGUAAAUCGCUAACACUUGUUUGUAUCUAGCUAGCUAUGUGUAUUGCAUAAAGCUUGCUAUUCAUCUUGUAGUAAGGACUAGUGAGCUGUAUCCAUCCAAAUAACAUUUUACAUUUUUACAUUUUAGUCAUUUAGCAGACGCUCUUAUCUAGAGCGACUUACAGUUAGUGAGUGCAUACAUUUUCAUACUGGCCCCCCGUGGGACCGGUAUGACAGUUAUAAUAUUCUUCUGCAUUUGGAUAUUUAUGCAAACUUGGAGAUUCCACUGGUUUGGGCCAUUUGGUAGGGUUGUCUCCCCAGCUGGUCUCCGGCAAGUUGAAAGGACAUAUAGGCAAGCCAACAAGAAUAAACUUUUCUAAAUACCUAGACCGUUCAAGGGCAGGCAAAGACUGUAAGUAGUUACGUGAAAUAUCUAAGACUAGCGAAUUAAAUCGAGAUUAACUUCUAUCGCUAGACAGACAGCUAACGUCAGCUAACCGGCGAAAAAGCUAGGGGUAAACAAACAGUGAUGUAAGAUGUAAUACGACAGCUUUCCUAGCUUAGCAGGUCGGGUAACAAAUUUGUAGCAGAAUAAGUAUCAUGCGAAUAAUUUGUUGUUGUGACAGCCAAGUAUGUUAAUAUCGACAAGUGAAGCUGCUGAAAACGUUCAUUGAAACGACAAAAAAAACGGUCUGUCGUUUGCUUAGGAUGACGCCAAAGUUUAGGCUAAUUACAUGGGAGUGAGGGGAGUACCCUACGGCUGUACCCUACUCGGGGGCGUAGUCACGUAAAGCCACGCCUCGCCUUGUGUAUCUAUCGGGCCACCUCUGUCUUUUUGAUUGUGUGUAAAUCCCUGCUGUGCUCAGUGGGCUCAGUGCCCCCUGAAAGUGUCAUUCACUGUAUUGGUCAUUUAGCACAAAACUAAAUGGGGGGGGGGGGUGUGAAGUUUGAAGUGGUCCAUUCAAUGUGAACUCCUGAGCUUGUUUUUUUUUUGGGGGGGGGCUCCAUGGAAAGUUCAGGUUUAAUCAUUUUUUCUCUCUAUUUCCCUCUCUCACACGCACUCUCUUUCUCUCUCUUUCUGUCUGUCUCUGUCGUUUUCUCUCUCUCAUAAAGUGUCUGGCGGCCGCAGUCGUCUGCACCUGCUGGAUCUGGGUAGCUGUGAGACGGACAUAAGUCGGACCCGGGAAGGAGGUGGAGGCCAGUGUCUGUCUCUCUCUGCUCUGGGAAACGUCAUCCUCGCCCUGGCCAACGGGGCCAAGCACGUACCCUACAGGUAUGUCUGAAAACGGGGGACAAACGCUCGUGAAUAAUUAGUUUUUUUCACAAUGCCAAUCUGAAUGUGUCUGUAUUACGUCCUCUUUGUGUUUAUCUUGUGAGUCUGUGUGUUUUGUCUGGCCUUUUUAUCACUCUCUGUUGUUCUUCCCACCUCACAGGAAAAAUCAAUGAAGCCCUAUUAGCCUAUUUGGAUGAGAGAGAAGUUGAGGGAAGAAGCGAAGCACCAACGUGGGAAGUUAUUGAUAGUGUUAUGGUUCAGGGAAAGGGUGUAUUCCGGCUUCAAUGAGGGGAGGGGGUUUGGAUUGUAAUAUAAAAGAUUGGGUCUGUGAAAAGGACAAUUUGGAAUGAGAUAUUUUUCCUUGAGUCUCAGACAAGAUCAGCUUUAUUUAUACACAGUAUAGAGUAGGGUGGGCUUAAUAAAAAUGUUUCUAGUCUAUUUCAAACUAGCUUUCAUGGACCUUUCACACAUUGCCCUACUUACAGACAGUACAUGAGAAGGUAGUUGAAACAGAAAGUGGUAGUUGAAAGUGGGGUUCCAUUGAUGGUAAAUGAGAUCUCGUUCCCGCUGCCUUUUGCCUGUCUAUAGCUAAUCCUUCGGUACAGUUAGGAAUGGUUGCUAUGAUCCUGGGAGGUUUAGGGGGGAGGGGGUUAUGGCUACUAGGAUCUGGUGCUGGUCCUUUUUUGGGGGGCUAACGAGGGGAUUUUUGAUGUAUUAUUCAGGGAUAGCAAGCUCACCAUGUUGCUGAGGGAAUCUCUGGGCAACAUCAACUGCCGAACCACCAUGAUAGCACACAUCUCCGACUCACCAACCAAUUACAUGGAGACGCUCACCACCAUGCAGCUGGCCUCGCGUAUCCACCGCAUGAGGAAGAAGAAAUCCAAGGUAGUAAAAUUUCAACAAGCUAUUUCAAGGCUUCCUACUGGGCAAAAACUGGUUGAAUCAACGUUAUUUCCAAGUCAUUUCAACAAAAAAAUUCAAUGUGAUGACGUUGAAUCAACAUGGAAAACUGAUUUGUUCCUCAAGCGUCCUUUGGUAUCGCUCAAUUAGAAAAUGUCUGAAUUGUUUGAAUGAUUUCCCAGGGUAAUAAGGACUCUGCCAUAGAAAUAAUUAAAUCUAUAAAGUUAAUCUGUAUUUCUUACAAAGGAAGGACUGUUACAGCGAUAAUUGAUCACUGUUCGUAAUUCAGCUAUUGAAUCCCUACCGCAGACAAGAUUUGAAUGUGUGUUCUCUCUCCUGCUUAUAGUAUGCAUCCAGCUCCUCUGGUGGCGAGAGUUCCUGCGAAGAGGGACAAAUCCGCAAGCCACACUUGAGACCCUUCCACCCACGAACCGUGGCUCUUGACCCGGAUAUGCCCACAUUGCUGUCUAGUGACCCGGACUACUCCUCCAGCAGUGAGCACUCCUGCGACACGGUCAUCUACAUCGGUCCUGGUGGGGCCACCAUUUCAGACAGAGAGCUAAGCGACAAUGAGGGCCCACCUUCCUUUGUUCCCAUCAUCCCCUCACUGAACAGGAAGCGCUGCAAAGACACCCAACGCCCGGAGGUGGAAUACUUCAAGUGCAACACGUUUGCGGAGCUCCAAGAGAGACUGGAGUGCAUCGAUGGCAGCGAGGGCCCAGCUGCCUUCACUGGGGAGGGCAAGGGGGCACAAAUAGCCCCAAGCACUCAAAGUGGGACUACCAAAAGCCCAGAGGAGGCUGUGUCCCCCAAGACUGUUAAAUCCCCCUACCAAAAGCCCCUGAUUAGCACAACAACCACCCACACAGCUCCCGCUAUAUCUGAGCAGGAACAUUCCAAAUUGUCCUCAGAUGGAGGGGUCCCAGAGAGUCACAAACGGACAAGUGCAGAUGGGGAGAAGGUUCUGGCCUGUGUGGUUAAGCCCAGCAGGGUUUUGUUCCAAGACUCAGAGCCUGUGGUGCGAGAGAAGGUCUACCUCAUCAAAGGACCUACUGUACCUAAGCCUUCUGCCUCUCCUUCUUUGCCAAGAUCCUCCAGAACACACUCUCAGGGCCUGGAUGCCAUCUGCCGGGCACCCCCUGUGGGCAUGAGUCAGCAGGCCCUAAGGCAAGAUCAACCCGGGGGGUCCCCGGUCCUGGAGAGGGCCCAUCAUGGCAGGAGUCCCAUGGAGGUGAGCCAUCUUCGGGCAGCCUUGAGGGGCAGGUGCCUGGAGAGAGAUAUCCUGAGGACCACGAUCACCCUGCAGCAACCUGUGGAGCUGAAUGGGGAAGACGAGCUGGUGUUCACGGUGGUGGAGGACCUACCUAUAGGCCUGGUCCCAGACAAUGGGCGGCCCUCCAGCAUCAUCAGCUUUAACAGUGACUGCUCCCUUCAGGCCCUGGCCUCAGGCUCCCGUCCUGUCAGCAUCAUUAGCAGCAUCAACGAUGAGUUUGAUGCUUACACGGCUCAAGAGUGUGCGUCUAGGGUGAGCUCAGCCUCACAGGAGAAGCUGUUUGCCGAUCAUGGUAGCAGACAGUCUUCCAUCAGCUCCUGGCCGAGCGAAGUGAGCGUGUGCUCGCUGGAGAGCGACGGCACCCAUUCGACAAGCAGAUUCUUACAGAGGGCUAAGUGCAUGGCACCGGAGAACACCUCCAUAUUGUCCCCUCCUGCUAUAUUCCGUAGGGAGCCAUUCUUGCAGCAUGGUGCCAAGAGCUCCCUAAAUGACAGUGGUGUCUGCUUCUCUGAGUUGGACAGUGACCCCGCCACCCCAAGCAAGCUCUCCCAAACUAAGUGCCCACCUUCUCCUGACUCUACCAAAGCAUCUCUCAGAGCAAACUCUCUGAACACCUCAGCAUCUUCUCAGAUCCCACACCAUGCUGUUCACUCCAGUCUUCCCAGGAAAACCAAGCCUACCUCAUCAGUUGCCCCAAGCUGCAGCAGGCAAGAAGGCAAGCAAGACGACCUCUGGUUGCGAGGGGGCGGCCAUUUGGAUCCUAGAGCGACUGAAUCCACUGUGGCGAGUAAGCCACCCAGAAAUGGCAUGAGUGGCCUCCCAUCCAGGAAGCUGGGAGGAAACAGCAACAGUGUACCUCGACCGCCAAAGGCACAGAUAUCCUCCUCGACUCAGAGGGCGGUAGACGGUUGUGAGAAGUCCAGCAGCAAGAAAGCAGAGACCAUGAGCAGGAUGCCACAGUUUAGGCGAGGCGCCACCACUCUUGGAACAGUGUCAGUCCCCCACAGUUCCCCUGAAUCAAAAUGGGGCCGCGAUGGCUCUUCAGGAACUAGUAGUCUGAGAUUCUCCUCUUUGGGAAAGAAGGCAAAUGGACAGAAAAGCAGCAUGCUUCCAAAGUCUGGCUCUAUCUCUCCUCCUGCUCCACCUGUUCGCAAAUCAAGCCUCGAUCAAAAGACAAGGAUAGUCUUAUCUCCUAGUGCCUUAAGGGCAGCCAGCGACGCUGCAAGGUCCUCAUUACCUAAAACAUCCGUCUCUGAGCAGGAAUUUGAUGUUCGAUUCAGAGGGGAUUUGUUUAGCUACAAAACAUCCAGCUUGAAGGCUGACCAUGGCUCAGCCAAGAUAGCGUCAAGCCUGAAGACACGAGGAACCAAAGGCGAUUCUGGAAGGUACUAUGGUAGCCUGAUGUCCUUGGAGAGAAGUGACAGUCUAAACUCAGUGAGGUCCAAACCUGGCCUGUCGAGAGAGAAUAGUGUCAGUAGCUUAGGAGACAAUGGAAAAUCCAAUAGAUCACUGCCAAGACUUGGGGUCCCCACCUCCACUACUUCCACAUCCACUGCUACCUCUCCCCUUUCCUCUACCACCUUUGCGAUGACAAGCAAGUUGGGACAGCUUAAAGCUAAUGUCAACCCCAGGGCCAUAGUUGCCAGUGGAUCAAAGGCUAGAACUUUGUCUGCCAGCAGUUCCAAGACCCUUAACUACUCCACCAAAUCCGUUGACGCGCCAACCGCACGCAAUGCCAGCCUACCUCCAACUGGGAAAUCCCCAGCUCGUUCUUUGGCAGGGACCAAUGGCAAGCCUGGCAGGGGAACUAUCAUGGGCACUAAGCAGGCCAUCCGGGCUGCCAACAGCCGAGUUAGUGAGCUUGUGGCGGGAAGCCCAAGGAAACAUCUAAGCAGGGGUUCAGGGGACAAUGACAACGAUAGCGGGGCAAGUGUCAGCGGGUCCCCUGUCAGCACGCCACUACCCUCGCCCUAUAGCAAGAUAACAGCCCCGCGGAGGCCCCAGCGUUACAGCAGCGGGCACGGUAGUGACAAUAGCAGUGUGCUCAGUGGGGAGCUUCCACCGGCCAUGGGUCGCACUGCACUCUUCUACCACAGUGGGGGCAGCAGCGGUUAUGAGAGCAUGAUCCGGGACAGCGAGACCACAGGCAGCGCCUCGUCAGCCCAUGACUCCAUGAGCGAGAGCGGGGUGUCCACCUCCAAUAGGAGUAGAGUGUCUAAAUCACCCAAGAAGAGAGGCAAUGGUGAGUAUUAGUUACCCUGAGAGAGUUCUGGAACAAUAUCCAGACAGCUAUACCACAUCAAACACAACUCAUGAUCUCAUAAACUUGUACUUGUGAAAUAAGUGUUCUUUUAUUUUAUUUAGAGCCCCACAAGAAUCCAAUUUAACAAUAUACAUAUUCAAAUAGUUUUUCUUUGAUAUCUGUAAAAUACAUUAUUCAUACGAUAUUUUCUCUAGCUUUCUCACUAGUAGAUUAUUUAUGUUCUAUUGAAAAGUGUUGCUAGGUGACAACCCUGGUGCUCAAUACAACAUUGCAUGCACGCUGAAGCGAGUAAGAAUGCAUGUAUUCAUACACUCUAAUGUCAUGUAUGAAUUUGCCUUGCACAUGGAUAUCUCACAUAUAUAUCUAUUUAUCAUAAACCUAUGAAUAUAUAUUUCGAUGUACAGUAUGUACUCCACCUAGCAUUGUCAUGAAUCUCUAUUCAAGUGUGGUAUCUGAAGUCACAGCAUAUCCGGCUGCAGUGUACACUCAUAACAAGAAUUCGGCCUAUUCAGAUGAAUGUGCCCAUCCUCCAUAAUUCAUAACAGCAACAGAUAGGGUCUAGUGCCUAAUGCAUAUGUAAUCAGUGCUAGCCGAAGGUUAUGUGAUCCCAGCUGGCUCUAUGGAAGUCUGCUAUCAGUCUGUAUCUUGGCAUGUUUUUGCCUCAUGCAUAUUUCAAGGCAGCGGCGCACGUGCUAGGAUAUUCCUGGUGUGCAUAUCCAACUCCAAUGAACAGCCGUACCCCGACUGAUCACUCAAUUCACCCACUUGCUCCAGGCCUCCAGCGGCGCCGUCUCAUCCCUGCUCCCCUGCCGGACACCUCCUCCCUGGGCAGGAAGGCUGGCGUACCAGGCCAGUGGGUGGACCUGCCCCCCUUGGGUGGGACCCUGAAGGAGCCCUUCGAGAUCAAGGUGUACGAGAUUGACGACGUGGAGCGGCUGCAGUGGAGGCGAGAGGGUGCCACGGGGACAGAGGUUAGAGAUUCUCCAUCUGCUUGCUUCUUGGCAUUCUAAAUGCUUCUUGGCAUUCUAAAUGCUUCCUGGCAUUCUAAAGUGGUGUGUGUGUGUGUGUGUGUGUGUGUGUGUGUGUGUGUGUGUGUGUGUGCGUGCGUGUGUGUACACAAAUUAACCAGACUGUAAACUCCAGAAUGUUUUGACUGAUUUGUGUGGGAAUGUUAUUUUAUUUGCUUGUUUUCAUCUCCUUACUUGCUUAGAUGUUGUGCACGCUACUAGUUGGUCAGGUGCCACACCUGUUCACCUCUUGACCUCACCAAAGGACAAAACUUCAAAGAAUUUCCCUCCAGUAAUUUUCUACUUUAUAAAUAGCAUUUUAAGAUUAUCACGGCUGCGUAACAAGCAUGGAUCCACUUCGCAGUGGGCUAAUAUUAAGGGGGACAGUCCAGUUCAUCAGCCUCAACUGAACUUGCCCCAGAUUAAAAAGCAAGGCUGCCUAAACUGUCUCAAACCCCUAAAUCCAUCCACUACUAAGGGUGGAGGAAGCCCAAUGAGGAAGAGGGGAAACUAGGGGUGGAGGAGCCAGUGAUGAAUGAAGGUUGGAUCUGCUAUCUGGGCCCUCGCCUGAUUUCUCUUUAUGGGCCUCUCCACUCUCCAUGUCCACGGGUCAUUAACCAUUCCCACCAGUGGGACCCAGUGAAUAGUUUAGGACCAAGUUACCCAGUGAAUAGUUUAGGACCCAGUCACCCAGCAAAUAGUAUAGGAACCAGUCACCCAGCAAAUAAUGUACGACUUAGUCAUCCAGCGAAUAAUGUAGGACCCAGUCACCCAGCGAAUAGUGUAGCGGGUAAAAUAUAUUAAUUCUGCCUGAUGGUACUUUGAUUUAUUUUCAAUUAGGAAAAGAUGAUCUUCAAUUCGUCUUUUAGAGCCUGUCAUCCUGAGCUCCCUAAAAUGAAGUAUUUUAAGUGUGUGUGUGUGUGCAAUGUGCAUGUAACUGUGUGUGUGUGUGUGUGUUUGUGUGAUUAAUUGCAUUUCAAAGUGCAUCCGUUUAGAUUGUGUAUUAUCUUUGCAUUAGCAAAUGUUGAUAAUGUCCUUUUUUCUGUUCUCUCCCUCUCUCAUCUCGCAGCCAUUCCAGGAUGUGGAAAAGGUAUGUUCAUUAAACUCGAUGGAUGCGCCUUGAUUAUUAGAUCACAUGCUAAAAUGGAAGAUGCAUGAAGCAUGGAAUUAAUUCAUUCUGCUAUGCCUUGUGAAAUAGACACAUUAUAUUGUGGCACAAAUGUGUCCAAAAACUAGUUUUGUGCAAAGCCAAUAGUGCAAAAGCAAUUGACCUCCCUUGUAGUGAUAAAACACAACAGUUCCAACUAGCAGUCCCUCCAGGAUUUCGAGGUGUUUUUUUCUUUUUUUUUCUGCGGGCUAAAAUGCUUGAUUUUACUGCUGCAAUUCUGACAUUUUUCAUGUCAUUUGCGAGGAUUUUGUCAAAUUUGUCACGAAAUUGCGCUGACAGGGGGGAAAUGUUUGUUGACCUGGGUCUUGAUUGAACCACUUUAUGCGGUAAAAGUGUGGUGAUUGGUUAAAAUUGCAAGCCCUCUUUUUGUAGUGCAAUGAUGGGACAGUUUUAUGCAGUAAUUUUGGAUGAUUUGACUGUUUUAUGUGAUCACAGAAUCCUGGAGGGACUGAACUAGGAAUAAUCUGUUGUGUUAUUCUACCUUUCAAUAACUUGUUUCUGGUGGACUAUGUCUACACCCAAUCCCUGAGCUCAACGUUUUCCUGGAGAUUAAAGCGCGAGAUUAGCGUGGAUGCUAAUUUUAUUUAUCCUAAUUAACCCCGCCAAUGGACAGGUUAGUACCCACAGGUUAGCCGCUCUUGAUUCCAUUUUGAAUAAUCUCCUGCGUGUGAGCCUCCUCACAGCAGAAGCGUCCGAAUAGAAGCGUCCGAAAAAUCGUUGAAUCCGGCUAAAGAUACUCCUCCGUCUGGCUCUCUCUCUCUCUCUCUCUCGCUCUUUCUCUCGCUCUGUUUACUUCCCUCCCUCCAUCCGAGCCAGGGAUUCUCCAAAGCUCCUUUCCUCCACUCGUCUUUUCUCUCUCUGCUCACUCCAUUCAUCCUUACCGUUUGCUCUCCCAGGGCCUGCUGUACUUCAAUGCAAGGUUGAGGAUGCUGGAGAAGAGGCAACAGCAGAUCAGGGAGCUGAGGGCCAAGCAUGAGAGGUUGAGGGGGGAACUGGAGGAUGCCAAGAGCAGGCUGAUGCUGGACCCCUGCAAGUGGAGCGGAGAGUGUGAGUAGCCUACUGCAGAAAUCUGGUGUGCUAUUUAAAGUGUGCUUAAAGUGUACCACCUUGUUUUGUAACUGGGUUGUGUUAAAGAUGGACUUUUAUCCAACUGUCAGAGCAGCAGUCAGGUAUUCUAUUCUACACUACAUGGCCAAAAGGAUGUGGACACCCCUUCAAAUUAGUGGAGUUGGCUAUUUCAGCCACUCCCGUUGCUGACAGGUGUGUAAAAUCGAGCACACAGCCAUGCAAUCUCCAUAGACAACAUUGGCAGUAGAAUGGCCCGUACUGAAGAGCUCAGUGACUUUCAACGUGGCACCGUCAUAGGAUGCCACCUUUCCAACAAGUCAGUUCGUCAAAUUUCUGCCCAGCUAGAGCUGCUUUUAUUGUGAAGUGGAAACGUCUAGGAGCAACAACGGCUCAGCCGCGAAGUGGUAGGCCACACAAGCUCACAGAAUGGGAUCGGCGAGUGCUGAAGCGCAUAAAGAUCGUCUAUCACCAGUUGCAACACUCACUACAGAGUUCCAAACUGCCUCUGGUAGCAACAUCAGCACAAUAACUGUUCGUCGGGAACUUCAUGAAAUGGGUUUCCAUGGCCGAGUAACUGCACACAAGCCUAAGAUCACUAUGCGCAAUGCCAAGUGUCGGCUGGAGUGGUGUAAAGCUCACCGCCAUUGGACUCUGGAGCAGUGGAAAUGUGUUCUCUGGAUUGAUGAAUCAUGCUUCACCAUCGAAUCUGGGUUUAGCGGAUGCCAGGAGAACGCUACCUGCCCGAAUGCAUAGUGCCAACUGUAAAGUUUGGUGGAGGAGGAAUACUGGUCUGAGGCAGUUUUUCAUGGUUCGGGCUAGGCCCCUUAGUUCCAGUGAAGGGAAAUCUUAACGCUACAGCAUACAAUGACAUUCUAGACAAUUCUGUGCUUCCAAGUUUGUGGCAACAGUUUGGGGAAGGCCUUUUCCUGUUUCAGCAUGACAAUGCCCCCGUGCACAAAGUGAGGUCCAUACAGAACUGGUUUGUUGAGAUCGGUGUGGAAGAACUUGACUGACCUGCACAGAACCCUGACCUCAACCCCAUUGAACACCUUUGGGAUGAAUUGGAUCCUAAUCGCCCAACAUCAGUGCCAACCUCACUAAUGCUCUUGUGGCUGAAUGGAAGCAAGUCCCAACAUCUAGUGGAAAGCCUUCCGAGAAGAGUGGAGGCUGUUAUAGCAGCAAAGGGGGGACCAACUCCAUAUUAAUGCCCAUGAUUUUGGAAUGAGAUGUCCGACGAGCAGGUGUCCACAUACUUUUGGCCAUGUAGCGUAUCUAUUGUUUGCUAAUGUCUUUACAAAUGACUGUUACUUGAAACGUAGCUUUGUGCUAAUGAAUAAACCAUUGACUGCUUCUCUUAGGGAGAUGUAUACCCCUUUAGUCACUCGUUGUGACCACUCUCACGCUCAGCUUUCCUACAUUUAGCCUCUCCGAGGCUAUUGUUAGUGGACAACAAAGUUGUGUAACUAGCUAGCGAUUCCACAUCAGAGUAUCACAGUGCUGCCUGGCUGUGCUAGCCUCUGUUAGAGUUGAGACCCCAUCUUGAACAUAAUAGUAAACAAACCCCUCCUACACUGUAGGAGCAGCUAAUCUCCCAAGCUCUUCAAUAUGACAUCUGCACCCAGUUAAUUGCAAUGUUCCCUAUGCCCUAUGGCAGUGCCAUUGCACUCAAUGAAACGUGGACAAAUGUAUUGUGCAGGUGUCAAGGAAAUGUUUGUGGUUGACCUCAUUAUGACCUUCUAGUUAACGCUACUUGUGGUCCAUUUUGGGCCAACAGCUGAAACCACUCUCGCACACAUAAACACUAACAUUGACAAAGGAAGCGACGUCGGCCCAUAGCUUUGUAUUUUUUAUGGGUUUGAUUCUCUUAGGGUCCUUUCUAGAGUAAACUGUUAAAGUGGUAACAACUAUUUUCAGCCAGUGUCAACAUGGGAAAACACUUUUAGGGAGGCACACAAACUAAAGGCAAGCAAGUGGAUCCGUUCUCCAACCCCCAAAUAGACAAACCGGCGGAACAAGGAGUCUAUUUCCAGUUGAGUGGUGCAGGUCGCCCGAAGGUUCCCCAGAGAAGAUCCCUGCCUUUCUAGCUGAGCUCUAUCCAUUAUCAUCUAUUUCUGAAAGCUUCUUAACACACCAAACACCUCCAGGUCUUCGGCAAGGGAAAGAGGCCACAGUAUUUUGGGAGUAUAAUGAUAAAUAAUACUGUUACUGUUACGCCUGAGAAUAUUACAAAAGUAAACGGCCGAAGGGAAUCAGGAAUCACAUUUAUGUCACUUUUUUAACGUGCCCGUUUCUGAAGUUAAAUUUUUAUUUGAGUAAAGGGACUCUGUGAAGUUGUGGGUCUCUGUGAAGAAACACAGAGACCCACAAAGGUAGCUGAAUUCAAAAGUAACCCACCUCAUGACCUUACUAGGGAAAUAGAGGAAGAGAAAAAGCCUUUUGAAAUCCUUUGCAAAAACCCUGUGUGUGUGUUCUCACGUGUGCAGGCGGGUUGGGGGUGGAAUGUGUACCGGUAUGCGUCUUGAAAUCAAUAAGGCAUUAUUUUCCCUCAGCCACAUCUCCAAUCUCUAUUUCCCUGAGAUGUUUCCCAUUGGUUUAGGGACCGCCCGUUGGUCUGAGCCCGUGAUGGGAGCAGUCAAGCUAUAUAAAUCAUCAUUUCAUUCUUUUCAUGUUGUGAUUAUGAGGGUAGUGUGUCUUGAGCAGCUUCCAUCAGACAUCCCAGCAUACCCAGCCCUGUCAAAGACAUGUCAUCAUCAAUCUUCAUGUACCUGUAUGACUUUUAAAGCUGUGAAAGGUGUGACGAUGGAUGAGCGGUCACAGUGGAGCCACACAGUUACAGAGAAUAGUAGAAGUAGUGUAUCACAUAGUGAGCCGCCUUGUUUAUAGUGCAUCAUGGGAUGCAUGAUAGCAGGCUUGGGGUCAAUUCCAAUAAACUCUCUGUCUCAUUCAUUAGUUGGUAACAUGUUAGUAUAGGUGGCCUACAUUGAGAAGUCAUUGAAAGUAGCCCUUUUUUAAAAUUAUUUAAUUGGAAUUUUAGUUUACUUCCUGAAUUGACCCCAACACUGACUUAUUGUGCCUAUGAUCACCCAAUAUAAUGAUAGUGCAUUAAGAUAAGCUUUUUACCACAGAUAUGGAAAUUCCCUGUAUCUACAUGAUGAAUGGUCAUCUAAAUAUCAAGAGUGGCUACAUCUUUUAUCUGUGUUGUUUGAUUCUGUACAUCUAAUGGCGGUAGCUACUUCAUCACUAAUGCUAAUCUCUCCUUCUUUUUAUCUCUAUCUCUCUCUCUCUCUCUCUUCUCUCUCUCUCUCUCUCUCUCUCUCUCUCUUCUCUCUCUCCUCUCUCUCUCUCUCUCCUCUCUCGCUCUCUCUCUCCCUCUCUCUCUUCUCUCUCUCUCUCUCUCUCUCUCUCUCUCUCUCUCUCUCUCUCACCUUCCCCCCAUAGUUGAGGUGGACCCGGAUCUGGACAAAGAGUCCCAGGAGUACCUGGAGGCUUUGGAGCAGGUCACGGGCGAGCUGGAGUACUGUGUCAACCUAUGCAAGUCGCGUGUCAUGAUGGAGACCUGCUUCGACAUCGUGGUGUCGGCAUCCGCCGUCGCGCAAGGGGGGCAACAGAAAGGAGGUGUGGAGGUGUGA